CCUCACACACACAACACACACACACCCGGCGGCGGCGGCACAAACACCUCGGAGCGGCCUCUCUAUCUCUCUCUCUCUCUGUGUCUCUCUCCUCACACGGAGCCGGCGGCGCCAUACACACACACACACAUAUCUUCACAUACAUACUUACUCGUGAGGGAGCAGCGGUGGCGGCGGCGGCAUUAGCAACGAUGAUGGUCGGGGAAAUGGAAGCCAAGGAGAAGCCGAGACCCAGUCCCGACUACUUGAUGCAGCUGAUGAACGACAAGAAGCUCAUGUCGAGCCUGCCCAACUUCUGCGGCAUCUUCACCCACCUGGAGCGGCUGCUGGACGAAGAAAUAAGCAGAGUACGAAAGGACAUGUAUACAGAUACAAUGAAUGGCCUUGUUGAUAAGCUGCCAAUGGACCUACCAGAUCCCAUAGGACCUAUUAUGCAGUUACAAGAAAAACUAUUUGUGCCUGUGAAAGAAUAUCCAGAUUUUAACUUUGUGGGCAGAAUUCUUGGCCCAAGAGGACUCACUGCGAAACAACUGGAAGCAGAGACUGGGUGCAAGAUCAUGGUGAGAGGAAAAAGUUCAAUGAGAGACAAGAAGAAGGAAGAGCAAAACCGAGGCAAACCCAAUUGGGAGCAUCUGAAUGAAGACCUCCAUGUAUUAAUAACUGUUGAAGAUACUCAAGACCGAGCAGAACUGAAGUUACGAAGAGCUGUAGAAGAGGUCAAAAAACUUCUGGUGCCUGCACAGGCGGAGGGUGAAGACAAUUUGAAGAAGAUGCAACUGAUGGAGCUAGCGAUUCUUAAUGGUACCUACAGAGAUGCCAAUAUCAAAGCACCUACCCUUGCCUUUUCUCUUGCAGCAACAGCACAGGGUCCACGGCUCAUAACUGGACCAGGUGCACCUAUGCUUCCACCAGCUGCCUUGCGUGCCUCUACGCCAGCUGGCCCUGCCAUUAUGAAUAUCAUUAGGCCAAUUCAGACAACUGCAGUUAUGCCUAAUGGAACCCCUCAUCCAGCUGCCUUAGUACCACCUUCACCAGAGGCUGGUAUAAUAUAUACAACACCCUACGACUACCCAUAUGCUUUGACACCAGCCGGAUCUCUACUGGAAUAUCCAAUGGAGCCGAGUGGGGUUCUAGGUGCGAUGGCAACUAAAGUUCGGAGGCAUGAUUCGCGUGUCCAUCCUUACCAAAGGAUUGUGACCGCAGACCGAGACCUUCAGGGCUGGAUGAAUCCAUUGGUCCUGGGUCCUGGGCCCUACAAAAAUCUGGCAGGACCACAAUUCAAAUUGUACGAGACCAAAGGAUCACCAUCUCAACAGUACUCACUGCCACAAGCAACUAACCCAUGACCUUUGACCUCUGAACUCUUCACCCAAUGAUGACCUGACCAUGCCUGUCCGCUGAUCAGUUAACUGGUUGCCGCCUAUGCUUGCCUGUCUUCAAUACAGCGAGCUACGGCACUGUCUGUUCGUCUCGUUACUUAACAACGUUUAUCUAAAAAGCUCCAGCCUCCGCUUUUCUGGUUGGGUGAAUGUGGUGCCAGAUUCCGCACUGAAUAAUACUAAAGCAAUAAGUCCAGUUCAUCCCUCACCACUGUUUCUCAGUGAUCAUCUCUUUAAAAAGAUUCUCCCUAAACGAAUGGUAAGAAAGGUCUCUAAACAGCACUGGCAAAGGAUUGAGCACUGUUCAGGCAGUUGCCACCGGACAAAUGUGAUGGAGAUCCGAUGUAAUUUAUGUUAUAGUUACAAACUCUUUGACCGCAUUUGUGAUGAUGCAUUAUGAAUGAACCUUGGGUCAAGUAUAUUGGGAAGAGUUCAGUGCUGACAAGGUACACUGCAAUUAUGAACAAAGAUUUAGUAUUUCAUUAAGAGUACCUUAGGGUUUUUCUUUUGCCAAACACUCAAUCCCAUUCACUUUCUCGCUAUCUAGGAGCCACGGCAGAAUUGUUCAGUAUUGCCAGCCACGAAACAAAUGUUACAAGAUAUAGAAGCAGUUAAAGAAUAGUGAAAAUAUCAGCAUUACAUGAUAAAUUCAACAAUUAAUUUUAUGGGAUUUUUUUUUUAAACUCUUAUCGGUUCUGAUCAGAGGCACCCCUCCCCAUAUUAAUUAAAUGCCAGUUAGUACACUUGUUUUACACUUCUCUUUCUGCUACAUGAAACACAUCACCUUAGUGUCCUACUUAAAGUUCAAUAAAUCUUUCCCCAUCUUCCAAGGGCUCAAUUCUAUUGUAGAUUUGAGACGAGAGACUGCAGAUGUUUGAAUUUUGAGCAAGAAAUAGAUUGCUGGAGAGACUCGGCGGGUCAGGCAGCAUCUGUAGGAGAGAAAUGGAUAGAGGUCUUGUCCUAAAGGUCUUGUCCCACUCCUUCCCCUCGCCUUUAUCUACCAGUUAUCUCCUCUCUUCUCCAUAAGUUUGGAGGAGGGUCCCAACCUGAAACGUCAUCCAUCCAUUUCCCUCCACAGUUGAUGCCUGACCCGCUGACUUCCUGAAGCAAUUUUUUAACGUAGAUUUUAGCUUGAUUCUCUGAUAUUGAAAGUACAGAUAUCAAGGUCAUAUUACUUCCCCAUUAUUAACACAUCUGGGUUAGAAUUGCUUUUUGCUAAACAUGCAGUGUGCUUGUUGAACUGCUUAUCAAAUUUGUUUGAUUGACUUUUGCAAACUUUCUGUGUGUUACAUUACUAAAUUGGAUGUUUAAUGCAUAGAAUAGAAGGCAAAUGUUUGCCCUUUAUCCCCAAUUACUGUUGCGCACAGUGAAUGGAAAAUGCCUGGCAGUGUUCCCUUCACUACCCCACACCGCUCCCCCCCCCCCCCCCCCCCCCCCCCCACUUACUGAUUUGUUUUGUCAUCUGAGCUUCCUACAUUUAUCUAACGUGCUAGUUUGCAUUCUAGCUCAGCCUAGGAAAAGCCAGUGCCAUUCUGACUGUUCAUGUAUAUCUUGACAUGGAGGUCCAUUCAUAAUGUGUCACAUUUCUGGAUGCAAAAAAAAUCUGUUCUAAUUCUCUUCGUAAAUGGACACUUCUUUCAGAAGGAUGUGAAAGCCAUGCUUGCCUAUUCUAUUUACUAUAUAUGUUAUAAAAGUGUAGAUAAGUACAGUGCAUUUAAACCACAGAGGAAAAAAAACUAGAUACUUUUACAGGGUGCUGGUGAAGAAAUAUAUAUUUUUGACAAUUUAGCUUUUUAUACUUACUUGCAGUAACAAAAUACAAAAACUAAAAAAAAAAGUAAAGGAAGUGAUGCUGGAUGGUUAUGGUAAUAAGAAAAACUGAAGACCAAAACAGUAUAUCUAAGAUUUUGCAGGAUUGUGGGUGAGAAGAGAGAUAGCAUUAAGAAAGCAAAAUAGUGCCUUAUACAUGCCUGGUCAUUUUGUAAGUGUCUAAUAACAUAUCGUUUGAUUAAUUCUGCUGCAUGUCAGUCCAUUAAUUAGAGAGAAGGGAAGUAGUCUUAAUUGGCAAAGCUAUUCAAAAAGAUAAAACAGUUGUGUGAAGCUACUCCCAUAACAUGAGAUUAGGCCUGUUCAAUUCAUUGAUUCUAUGCAACAAGUGUGAAAUAGUUUCUUAACCAGCUUCUAUUUUGUGCCACCAUUGGUGUCUUCCUAAGUUGAACAUAUUUCAAUUUUUCUCAUUGUGCCAUUUUUUUCCCCUCACAAAAUCAAAGCCUUUUUUUUGGUUUGCUUAAAAUCCGAGAAUGUUUUCUCAUGGUCACUUACAAAAUGAAAACCACCCUGGCUUAGUAUUGCCUGGUUAACUAGAGGCAGAGAAAACCAGCUCUUAUCACUAAAACUACUACAAUGCUGCAGUGUGACUAGAACAAAGUGCAUAAGAACAAAUUUGAAAUGUUUAUUUCUUGCUGCCCUUCAAUAUUUUACUUCUGUCAGUUCUCAUUGAGUUUACAUCCGUUGUAUGAACUCAAUAUUUUGUCAGUGUUAUUUUUUUGUAAACGAAACAUGAAAAUGUUUAACAGUAUUAUAUAUUCCCUCAGUUACAUUAAGGAAAUGGCUCAAAGACACUGCUGUUACGUGAUGGCUGGUUGAAUGCAAAGCAAUUACAUAUGCUGUGUACAAUAUUUAACAUAUUGCCUACACGUGUAUAGUAUUGUAAUUACCACCAUUGUUACAAGUUUAUAAUGUAUUUUUCUAUCUUCAUUUUGUAUGUAUAUUGUAUACCAUUUACAAUUUUUCUUCCAGAUUUGAGGCCACUGUGGUUUUGAUAGCCAAAAACCAUUGCAGAAUUAUCGUAAUCAUAUUCUUUAUCAUUGGGAGUGUUGCCUUUUCUGACUUGUUAACUCAUUAUCCAUUUAAUAAGUUUCUUGUUAAAAAAAUGUUUUUACAUGCUUGCAUUUUAUUUCAUGGUGUUUGCUGUUUCUAUUAACCCUGGCAUUUAUUUUAAUAAACGUUAUAGUACAAAUCUA